CGGGCGUUAUACUUUUUUAAAGUGCUCAUUCAAUGGUAUAGCUAAGACCAUCUAAAGUCUUUUAAUUUUUAAACUUCUUUAAAAGUUAGUUUUAUGGAGUUUUCUUGAGUUUUUAAGGGUUCCGAAAAGAUUUAUUGGGCUUUAAGAAUAUUCAAGCCGUCACAAAAUCUUUCGCUCUAAAUGAUUUCCAUAGCUCUUUAAUACCUUUAGAGUCUCUAACAAGCUUGCCUUCGAUAGUCCUUAAAAGUAUAUAUGUUUUCUAAUUUUAUAAUUUAUUUUUAUUUAUUAUAUAAUUUUUUGAAAUUAACAUGGUUUAAUGUCAAUGCUGCGUGACGUGUGUAAAAAAAUACCGUUACAUUUUAUUGUUUUCAUUUUUGGAGUAAAUGUUUGCUCUAUUUAUGUUUAUGUUUUGAUUAUAUGGUCUUGUGCCGAAGUUAAAUUUAUAUAUUUGGUCAUUUAUUUAAAUAUGUGGAAAUUAUUGAAUUCUUUGAUAUUUGUAUGGUCGUUGUUUGUAACUAGUCUUGUCACAGGAAUGGGAAAUACUGUAACCAAAUUAUUUACUACAUCUAUCUUAGGCGUUUCAUCACGUGCUACAUUUUGAUUUCAAAUUUAAGCGGGACCUGGUUAGCUUUUGGCAAAGAGGGUACUCUUUGCUUUUGGAGAGAAUGGCCAAUCCGGUGGCCAUUUUUUUAAACGUUACCGUAUUGAUUGUAUUUCCCUGUGGCUGUAGUGUGAAGUUAGCGUAGAAUCUGGGGGUUAAGUACACUAUAACCCCAACCAAAAAAGGAAGUAAAAAGAUUACUCCUUCAAGGCUUCAAACGAUACGUUUUCUCCUCCUGUCAGACGUAUUUAUUAGGUAUCCCUCUCUUGUUCUGGGCCCUCAACACUCAACAGGCUUUCGCCCAAUUACAGAGUGACCCGCAUAAUGCUUGAGUUGUUGAACGAUGUCAAUACGAACCUGCACCUUAAAAAAGUUCAUUUGGACUUAGAUGCCCUAGGCGAGAAUAGAGAAGGAAAGGUAGAAUUUGAAAUAAGAAACACAAACACUUCAGAGUAAAUCAUUAUAUGGUUUGAUAAUCGAUACUCUUCAGUCUUCUACAGUAGAUCAAAAGAUGGGUCUCAGAGGUCAGGGCGCUGGAGGGGUUAAAUCCGCCUCUGUGGAAAAGCCUUGUCUUGAUCUUGUAUACUGCACAAACUACACAAAACUCGGCAAAAUGCGAAACAAGAGUGAAACACUUCGUACUACUAAGCAUCAGUUGGUAACCCAUGAUAACGAUUAUCUUAAAUUGGCACUUAACGUUUAACGAUACAUGUUCACUUUACGUUAAUUCAUCUGAUUUAACAGGGUUGGUAGAUCUAGAUAUUGAUACAAUUACAUUUGUUUCUAUGGUAAUUUCAACCAAGCCUGUUACACUAUCGUCAAUCUCCUAUAAUUCUCACGUUAGGUACAUAGAUAAAUCAAUAACGUUUCGGCAAUCUUCCUCCCUUCCAUUAACCCCAUUGUAGUUUACAAAUUUCGCGAUGAAAUACUUUUGAGCCAGUCUGUCUCCAUGCUGUAUCAUAAACUCCAGUGACCACUUAACACAUUACUUAUCUAAUCAUUGUGCUGUGUUCUUUAUAAAAGCCAAUUUAAAAGGCAAUCAAUUUAUUUCGAGUGCCAAUAGGCUCUUCGCAAAAUGAAAUUUGCAAUCAUUCUUGCUUUUCUUCACUUUUGCGAUGUAUUGGCCAAUCAAUGCGCUCCGCGUAGUUACGGUUAUAGCAGCGUAGUAUGUGUAUGCAACGCAUCUUAUUGCGACAACUUUCCUCCAAAUACAAAACCACAGGACAGUAGCUAUUUUGUGUACACUACCACAGAAGGUGGUCUCAGAUUGCUAAGACAAAGCUACCAUUUUCAUGCAUACGAAAGAAAUAGUACAGAUACAAUCAUCACCAUUGAUUCUUCAAAACGACAUCAAACGAUAAUCGGCUGGGGUGGCGCAUUCACUGAUUCAACAGGAAUUAACAUCAACUCCCUAAGUGAACCGGCGGCAGCAACACUUCUUAGGGCGUACUAUUCUGACAAUGGUCUUCAAUAUAACAUGGGCCGUGUUCCGAUUGGAGGUACCGACUUCUCGACACACGGCUACUCUUAUAACGAUGGCGAGGAAGAUCCCAAACUGCUGCGUUUCAAUCUAACGGCCGAAGACUUUAGCUACAAAAUACCUCUAAUUAAACAAGCCCAGGCGCUUGUUAAAGGCGAAUUAAAGUUGCUAGCCUCGGCGUGGACUGCUCCAAAGUGGAUGAAGCGCAAUGGAAUGUAUACAGGGCCUGAUUUCUUAAAAGACGAAAUGUACCAAGCGUGGGCGAACUACUUUGUCAAGUUUUUGCGUGCCUACGCCACGGAAAAGAUUAACUUUUGGGGCUUGACAACAGGAAACGAACCGUCAACUGGGCUUAUUCCAUCUAAGAUUAACUCAGUAGGCUGGCUUCCUGGGUCAAUGGGCACCUUUAUUGCGGAAAAUCUUGGUCCCACUAUUCGCAAGUCGGAAUUCGCAUCCAUCAAAUUGUUAACAAUUGAUGAUCAAUUAUUUAUGUUCCCCAAGAUGAUUGAGAUGAUAUUUAAAAAUGAAAAGGCUAAAGACUAUAUAGAUGGUUUUGGGCUGCACUAUUAUUGGAACUGGUUGCCCAGAACCUGGCUAAAGGAAACUCACGAUCAAUAUCCAGAAAAAUUCAUUUUGGCGACAGAAUCUUGUGAAGGUGUCGGAAUUGAUCAACCGCACGUUAAAUUAGGCGAUUGGAAGCGAGCCGAAAACUACGCGUCUGACAUUAUUAAGGAUCUGAACAACUGGGUAACUGGAUGGAUAGAUUGGAACAUGGCACUUGAUUUAACUGGUGGGCCAACUUAUAUUGACAACAAUGUGGACGCGCCUAUCAUAGUUAACUCUACAGCCGGAGAAUUUUACAAACAGCCCAUGUAUUACGCUCUGGCACACUUCAGCAAAUUUCUACCCGAGGGUUCCCAAAGAAUCUCAUUCACUCAAACUACAAAUGAUAUACUUGUUACUAGUUUUAUUAGACCGGAUGGCGCAGUUGUUGUCACUAUUCUAAACCCAAAUCUACAUGAUGCGCCUAUCAGAAUUCGGCCAGUUGACAACAAACAUGCAGAAGUUCGAGCAAAUAUACCGACUAAAUCAAUUGUCACUAUAGUAUACUAAGAGGAUGAUACUGUUGAACUCUCAAGAAAAAUAACUAAAGUUCACAAACCUUCUCAUUGUUGACAAUGGUUUUGUUGGAUAAGACAAUCACACAUUUUUAAUUUAAUUUACAUGAAUGUAGAGUGUGUACGGUACUACUUUUAUGAAGAGUGUUCUAAUUUUGAAAUAUAAAGUUCGUUAUCCAUU